AUUGCUGAGAGAUUCAAAUUCAAAGGAGGCCGAUUGAUGAUUAUUCGUCCCCUCAGCUCCAGGAUGUAGGUCAACAUGGGCUAAUAUGAUAGUUAUCUUACAAUAUUGUAGAAUUGAAAUGCAUUAAGCGAGUGUGCACGGUCUAUAGAGUGUGACAUUACGUCUCCACUGAGUUCUCCAUCGCAUUACUCGUACGUCGUCGAUCUUUAAUGCCUUCUGGGAGAGUGCGUCCAAACGAGAACUCGAUAACCAUUACAGGGUUGAAAGAGCUUGGCACGUGUAUAGUCCGAUGCACGUACAACGAGCGCAAGAUCAAUGAAAACCGCAACGUGUCGUGAAUCUACGGGCUUAACAAAAAACCGGCUUCUACUAGACUUGUCACUGCAGAUUUUGCACACACUCAUUUAACGACAGAGAUUAAAGCAUAAAGCGCUCGUCAACUGAAAAUCUUAUCGUGUAAUCGCCAGUUUUCUAGGUGGUCAGAUCGAAUCAUCGGCUACGUUACAAGACUGGCCUAGGUACAGCAGUUGAGUGAAUCACAUGGAAUACGUACGUGCUAUGAUUGGUUGCAAACGGGGUUUAAAGUUUUUCACAAGAAACAAUGAAUUGUUGUUCAACGCAAUCUAACGUUACGUUGUAUCUCGUUCUUCUAUUUGUAAUUAUGGUUCUGAUGGCUUUAACCUUUGCAAAAGGUAAAGACAUAUGCUUGCCUUGCGUUCAUGGAAUUUGUGAUGGUGAUACAUGCAGGUGUUAUGCAGGAUACGGUGGCGAGCUGUGCGACGAAUGUAUUACGCAUGGCUUUUGCGUCCAUGGAUACUGCAUCAAUCCCGGUGGAUGCAAAUGCAAACCAGGUUGGCGUGGUAUGUUUUGUGACAUCGAUUCGAAGGGCUACUGUAAUUACCACACUCCGUGUAAGAAUGGAGGUACUUGUUCUAGUCUAGGAAGGGAUGGCUUUACUUGCAAUUGCGCGGAGGAUUUUUCAGGAAUAACUUGCCAAAACUGGUUAAAGGGACCGUGCUCCUGCAAAAAUAAUGGCACCUGCGUGAAAUCAAGGUCUGGUCGAGGAUGUCUCUGUCCAAUCAACUACUACGGUGAACAUUGUGAAAGCUAUAUAGACCGUUGUGCCACUAAUCCAUGUCCCGCCAAUAGCACAUGUGUCCACACGGCAGUGGGUUACAGAUGUGAUUGCAAACAGGACCAGUGCGAAAAGAGCCUUAUGGUUUGCACCGAAUCAACGUGCAAACAGGGGUUGCUGUGUUCGAAGAAGCCAGGUCAGUUUGGUUACACAUGUCAUUGUCAAAGGGGCACCGCAGGACGAGGCUGCCUUAUGAGACCGCUUUGCAUUGCGAACACAUGCAUGAACGGUGGCAAAUGUUUUGAGACGCUUGAAAAUGUAAUGUGCGUGUGCAAAGAAGGUUACACGGGCAUGCAGUGUGAAACAAAGUUGGAAAAGUGCGAGUAUAACCCUUGCGCCAACAAUGGGACGUGUAUAGUUAGCAUACACGGACAUUCGUGCCAAUGUUCUAUUGGCUAUGCGGGAAAAUAUUGCGAUUGUAUAAAAACUGCAGAUGAAAACUGCGGACUAGAAGACCCUAAAAGUAGCAGUUGUACUCUGAAAAAUUUGAAUAAUUGGAACCAAAGAAUUUUUACAAUUUUUCUUGUAAUUUAUAUCUACUUAUAGUAAUCAAUUAAUAAUCGAUUUUGUAAGUUAAAAAAACAUUCUUCUGCUAAUUAAAUUUUAUUUUUAAAAAAUCUGAAGAUAUUUCACUAUUUUAUAACUUAAAUUAGUCUAUUGAAAUUUGUCAUCUUUAGAAUGAAUGUUGAUUGUCAUUCACCCAAAAUGUAAAUAUUCACCAUUUUACAAAAAUGUAGCUAAAAACAUAAUAGAGUAGUGGGUCAAGUUACCAGUAAGCAGCUAUAUAAUAUACCGUACUAAUUAGGAAAACCUCUUGUUAAAUGUACUGUUUGUGUUAUCAAAUAAAUCUGAACUAUGAAAUAAA